AGAAAAUUUAAACGAUACAAAUAAUAAGUUAUUGCAACAAAGUGUGCAAUUGUCUAUCAUUAUUUUACAGCAUCGAAAAAUGUUUGAAAUUCAAGAUAUGAUCAUCAACUUGUGGUUUAUAACGUUGAAGCAUCCUUAUAAGAAUUUGAUCGAACACUUAUUAACAUCUACUGGAUUGAAAGAGUUUUACGAAUUCUUAAGACUGUUGCAUGAUCAAACGAUCAAUAGCUUGUCACAAAAAGAUGAAGCAGUAUGGACAAAUAUAUUUGUCAUUUGGAGCAAUAUAAUUAAAAUAGAUAUGAAUGUCAAACGUAAUAAAGUGCGUUUGAGUGCGAUCAACAAUCUGUUAGAAACUAUAUUAACAUUAGAUGUACCACACAGAUAUUGGUCAGGGCUAUUGCAUUUAUCUCACGAUAUAAUCAGUACUAAACAUUUACUUAUUCCUGACAUUACGGUCGAUCUUAUUAUACUGAUCAGUUUAAAGUCAUUUGACGAAGCGAAUGUAUCAUCGUGCGAACACGUACUUGCUGUAUGCAGAGCAUUGAUGAAAGUCAAAACUGAUUUGAUAACAGACAGAUUACCUAAUUUAUUAUUAUUAUACAGACGCACGAUAAACGUCGUUGUUCAUUCAUCGAGAAACGUAGCCGAUAAAUUCAACGAGCAUCGAUUUAGAUGUUAUGCGCUCGAUAUCACAAAAUUGACAAACAUGCUAGUAAAAUUGAAAAAAGCUAUGGUCCGAUUAAGUCCUUAUAUUAUCGCUGAUCUCUUGCAAUUAAUUGUGGAAAGCACUAUACCAUCUUAUGUUAAGAUAGCUUUGCACGAAUCUUUGUGUCAAUUAAUUAGCAUCUGUGAUCAGCAUGGACUCACUUUUUUAUCUCGUACAUUACCAACAUCAUUACAGGAAGUUUUCAAAGUACAGUUAAAUACAUUCAAAAAGUUUUAUAAAUAUUCUGGUAAGAUUUAAGUAUCUCUCUUAAUUGAGUUUAAGAAGCCUAUCUAAUUUCUUU